AUGGUGUCGGCAAAUAAGGAAAUGGUGGUUUAUUGUUUCGACACCCUCAUCGCUCACUACAACACCACUCAAGCCCCUCCUCCUGCUUUUGAUGACGCUCAACAUCCGUUGUUUGUUACUCGGAAGAAAGUGGUUAAUGGUGGGGAGCGUCGACUACGUGGAUGUAUUGGAACUCUGGAAGCUCGCUACUUAAUUGAUGGUUUCAAGGACUAUGCGCUAACAAGUGCUCUGAGGGACCGCCGUUUCCCUCCCAUACAGGCUAAGGAGUUGCCUUAUUUGAAAUGUACAGUGUCUAUUCUGACUGAUUAUGAAACUGCUCUCCACUGCCUCGAUUGGGAGCCACAAUCCGAGGGCCAAAAUGCCCAACAAGUUGACCUGCACAAUGCGAUGCGUUGA